AUGGUUCUGGUGAUGGCUCAGAAACACGUGAGGAGAGCUAUAAAGGAAGCCUGUCGGAGGGAGGGUGUGGAAAGAGUCUGUGACCAGCACGAUGACAUGGGGGAAAUGAAGGACACUGAAAUGUACACAGAAGAUACAGACAACGGAGGGUCAGAGCCCAAGCCACACGAGGAGGAGAAUUCCCAGGAAACAGAGCUCAAAGGCAGAAACAGUCCCCGCACCAAAUCAGACAGGUCUCUGGUGACUUCCCAGAAGAAGGAAGGCAGGGGUCCCAAUGCAGGCAAGGAGACCCAGUGUGCCCGCCACAGACGACGCUGCAGGACAUGCCCCAUGCCAGGCAAGCGACCCCGAGAAUGGUCCCCGGAAGCCCAGCCAGCACCCCUUCGGAGAAGCCUGGUCACCUCCCUGCGGAAUCUGUCCGAGGCCAUCUACCAGGAUGUGGCCCAGGUGCGAGCCCAGCAGACGCAGGCCCCCCUGACCUGGGAGCAGCUCGCCGGGCUCAGCCUGCUCAGGGGCUCACUCUACAAGGCUGCCCAGACCUUCUACACCAUGGCCACCCAGGCAGCCUACGUCUUCCCUGCUGAGGGCUGGAUGCUGCCAGCCCCACUACCAGGCUCCUGGCAUCCAGCUCCCAACAGAGAACAGUCGGGGGACUCCUCCUAG